AUGCGUAAAUUUGUAUUACUCGAUGUACGUGCCGUCGGUUGCUAUGGAACUGCUCGGAUUAGCAUUCUGCCUUAUUUAGUAGACGAACAAUGGGACCGCAGAAAGGCCCGAACUCUAACCAAAGUUCCGCUUGAUGCGCCGAUUGGAUGGCUUGUCGCCGAUUUGCGGUUUCAGAAGUUGAUUGCCAAUCAAGAGACUAUCGAAUUUCAGCAAUCAUUGUUCAGCUAUUUAUUUCAAAUCGACGAUGGUUUUCGGAUUGUCACAAACUCAAGCAUCUCGCAUCUUCGAGGUGAACUCUUCGAGCUUAUCCUAACCGCAAAAGAAGAAUCUUACCGUCGGGUUAUCGCUUUAUACCUCUAUGUUGAUCCUCCAAGAAAUCAGAAUGCUCAUUUCCUAUCAAACAACUAUCAUACGACAGUUUAUUCGACAUCGAAUGUUGGCUCAAAAUUGGUGUUCAGUCAGCCAAUCGCAAUUCGAGCUGUCGAUUUGGCCAGAAGAGCCUAUAUUGCUCCAGUCAGUACUGUUGUCGGAUUACCCUUCAUGAUUGCUUCCAACGGACCAUCGGCAGUGGAUAUGGCUGUGAGCACGCCGUUGAGCAAUUUCAAGGAAGAUCGAACAUUCAUUGUAUACUUGGCCGCGUUCGACGCCGACGGCGAAAUUCAAUCGCAAACGAAAAUCACGAUUGAUUUGAAAAUUGUCGAUGAGCCAUUCCAGAAAUAUUCUGUGAAUUUCGACGAAAAUAUUGCGGAAAAUUUCACAAUUUUCCAAAUUCCACAGAAAAACGGCUUAUCUCGAUUUAAACUAGUCGAACCAUCGAGAUUGUUUGCUGUCGAAGAGCUCAGUGGACGGGUCUCGACACGAAAAGAAAUCGGCUACGGGCGAUAUCAUCUUCAAUUCGUUUCAAGCAAUUCGAAGAAGACCAAAAAGGUUCAACGAAUUCUGCUGGAGAUUCAUGUGAAGCUGAAACACGCGAAGAAAAAUCGAGGCAGAAGACACUUGGAAGAUCUGGUUUUUGAAGUGAAUGAAAACGAAAUCGAGCACAAUGAUGAGAUGAAGAUUCCAUUGAUGGCUGGCGAGACGAUUGGAGAGCUGAACACUGCCAAGGAUUUGCUCAUCAUUGAGCAAAAUGGUCAAAUCCGUUUCCGUGCGCCUCCAAACUACGAGAAGACGAGCUCUAUUAUUGCAACUGUUCCGAUCAACGGCCUAAUGAAUAGCCGCGCGCAAUCGAUUCGAAUCAAUGUUCGCGAUAUUGAUGAGCCGCCGGCUUUCGUCAAUUCACCACUUCCAAUGCUUGCCGUCGUACCAUUGAAUCCAACAAUUGGCCGAGUUGUCUUCCAAUUUGUCGCUCGAGAUGAAGCUGGUGACGGCGACGCCGACGUUCUCUACAAUCUGAUUGAUGUUAUUCCUUCUGGCUCAUUCAUCGUUGAUUCGAAAAGUGGAGUUGUCCGAACUGCGUGGAACAAGUACGAACGAGGCGAGACCUAUCGAGUGUCUGUGCAGGCGGUCGAUGCAACCCCCAGCGACAACAGCACUUCGCAGGUGUCUGAAGUUGCGAUUCUCGAGAUCCUUGCUGACGAUCGUCCGCCACAGUUCGCCCGCCAGAACUACGAAGUGACAGUGACUGAAGACAAUCAAAUUGACUACAGUGUCGUUGACAUGAAAGCUCAAUCGUUUCGAAGUAUUGAAGACGGAAAAACGAAGGGCGAAAUCACGUAUUCGCUAGAAGGAAUCUCAUCAGAUGAGGCCAAAUGGUUCCGAAUUGAUCCGAUUACUGGAAUCGUUCAUCUGACUCGAGAAUUGGAUUACGAUGAUCCGGCAUUGCCAAAGUCUCAUUCGUUCAAGGUAACUGCCCGCGAAGACAAUCGAGAAACCAAGAUCGAUUUGAAAAUCAACAUUGGAGACGUGAAUGACAAUGCUCCGACGUUUACACGACCUCUGUAUACUGCACAAGUGCGCGAAGACAUUCCGUUGAAUCAAGUCAUUCUCAAAGUGACUGCAAUCGACAAAGAUAGUGGCGAAAAUGCGCGAAUCGACUACACUGUGGACAACGCGAAUUUCACAAUCAACGAUCGUGGCGAGAUAUCGGCGAGAGUUCGACUCGACGCCGAUCAACUCAACGAGCGACAUUUUGUCUAUCGGUUCAAUGUUACUGCCAAGGAUCACGGAAAUCCUGCCUUGAGCAGCACCGCAGCAGUUCACGUUAGAACUGAGAACACGAACGACGAGCAUGCAGUGUUCCUUCCGACGAGCCACUAUACUGCAUUCGUCGCCGAAGACGCUCAAGGGGGAACUCCAGUGAUACAGAUUCAAGCAAGAGAUGCCGAUCGGGAUGAAGUGACCUACGCAUUUGUGGAUUCGAACAAUGAACAUCCGACACUGACUAUGAAUCUGUUCACAAUCGAUCAACACACAGGAUUAGUGAAGCUGCGAAACGGUGUGACCCCGGCAGAUCUCGCGGAAGCUCAAAAUCCGAUCAAUCUGACGGUUCAAGUCAAAGAUGAUGGGUCUUGUUGCGUUUAUCCCAGCGAAACGCAUUUCUCAUAUGCAACCCUUCUUAUCGGUAUUGAGGAUGUAAACAACAACAAACCCGAAUUUCCGGAUUGUGCUAAGUAUAGCGAGAUGGCGAAAAUCCUUGAAGGAACUUAUAAAACCAAUCCGCCGACGAUCAUCAAGGUGGAAGCCACUGACGACGACUCGUCUGCCAAUGGAGACAUCGUUUAUUCGUUGUAUUACACUCAAUCGGAAAGUAGAAAAGCUUUUGUGAUUGAUCGGAACUCCGGAGUUCUGACACCUUCCCCACACGUCGUAUUCGAUAGAGAAACUCGGCCGAGGGAAGAUGUGACUGUGAAAGCCACCGAUCGAGGAGAUCGACCGCUCAUCGGAUUCUGCCAGUUCUCCGUCGAGGUUGUCGAUGUCAACGAUAAUGCUCCACAAUUUGAGCUUCCUUCCUAUGAGACGAGUGUUUCAAGAUUCGAAUCCGUCGGAACAUCUGUGAUAACUGUAUUUGCUUAUGACAAUGAUGCAGCACAUAACGCAGAAAUUUCGUAUUCCUUGGAACCUGAUACGACAGCAGGCGAGGAACACGCGAAUGACAUUCAAUUCUUCGAGCUAGUCAACAGAAGAAGUGGAGAGAUCACACUCGUCAAGAAUAUUCCAUAUCAGAAGUCGAAGUUUGUGUUCAACGUCGUCGCCAAUGACAAUGGCGUUCCUGAAGCACAAACAUCGGUAGCUCAAGUCAUUCUGAAUGUUCUUGAUCGCCAACACAAAGCUCCAAAAUGGCAGAGUAGUCCCGAUUGCAAAGCGCUAGUCAGUGUUGUCGAGAAUGUCGAGAUGAAUAGGAUCAUUCUCCGUUGUCGUGCUGUUUCUGGAGACGGAUCUCGAAGUCAGACGGUUUAUAAGCUCAGCACGACCGGCGGACACAAUUCGAAAGUUGAUUCGAAGUUUCGGCAAUUUAAUCGGUUCGAGGAUGGAAACGAAUGGGUCGAAGUGGCGAUCAUGGAACCACUUGACUACGAGCAAAUCAAUAAUUACACGCUGACGUUGUCGGCAACCGAUGUCAGUUCACAAGUUACCUCAACGAAGACGUUUGUCGUCGAGGUUCGAGAUGUCAACGACGUGGUCCCGCAAUUCACUGUCGAUUUGUUCACUGGAACAAUUGAUGAGGAACUGACACCAAACGAAUAUCUCGAAAAAACAAAUGGAAAACCGAUAGUGACGGUUAAAGCGAUUGACAAUGAUUCGAAUGGACCUCAAAAUGAAAUUCAUUAUCGGAUUGUCGAGACGCCGGAAGGCCGCGAAACUCGAUAUUUCAGAAUUGAUGAGCUGACCGGAGAAAUAUUUCCGAAUGACAAAUUCGAUCGAGAGAAAAUUGAUAUGUACAUAUUGACGGUUGAGGCACGCGAUAAUAGUCCAUCAGCACUUCCUGGAACGAAAGGUCCGAAUAAGGAUAAUGUGAAAGUUCAAAUAGUGAUCAAUGAUGUCAACGAUAAUCCACCAUUAUUCGAAGAGCAGAAGUAUAUUGGAAGAGUGAAAGAAUCUGAAGGAGAAGGGCAUGAUGUGAUCACUGUGAAAGCACAUGAUCUCGACAAACAUUCGAAUCUUCGCUAUCAUCUUGUUGGUGCAAAUGGUGGAAGAAUUCCGUUUGGCGUUCGGACUGAUAGUGGAACUAUCUUUGUGAAGGAGAUGCUCGAUUUCGAACAUACCGAUCAAUAUCACUUGGUUUUGAUCGCAUCGGAUGGCCGCCACAAUGCCACUACAAAUGUGUUUAUUCACAUCGAGGAUGUCAACGACAAUGCUCCGAUGUUUGAGCAACAGAAAUAUGCAACAACGGUGGUUGAAGAGGACGUCGAUGUUCCGAGGGUUCUGUUCAACGUCAAAGCAACGGAUGCUGAUCAAGACGAGAAGAGCAGCAAGAUUGUGUAUCGGCUCGAAGGACAAGGAGCCGACGAUGUGUUCCGAAUCGGCGCUUAUACUGGAGUUAUUGAGCUUAUGAAGCCAUUGGAUCGCGAUCCGCCGGAAGGGGUUCCGUCUUGGAAUUUUGUAGUGCAAGCAAUCGAUGACGACGGAAAUGGACUUGUGGGAUACGCCGAUGUUCAGGUGAAUGUUCGCGACAUCAACGACAAUGCUCCGAUAUUCCCCGAACGGCUGUUUGGUUUCAUCGAGGAAAAUCGAGAGCCGAUUCAUGAUGAUGGUGUCUAUUUCAUGGAUGUUCAAGCUCGCGACUUUGACGAUCCGACGACCGAAAAUGCGAACAUUGAGUACAGGAUAGUAGCGAACAAACUGAUCAGUGGAGAACCAGUGUUUCGUAUUGACAAACAAACCGGAAAGAUUUUCGCGAUGAGAAGUCUCGAUCGAGAAAUCGUGUCUGAAAGGGAAUUCGUCAUCGAGGUUCGCGCUAAUGACCGAGGCGUUCCAUCGAGAGAAGGAUUCGCAAAUGUCACUAUCAAGAUCCUAGAUAUGAAUGAUAAUGCCCCAUUCUUCGAGAAGACCAAAUAUGUGGGUAGUGUCGAAGAGACUGCUCCAGUUGGUGCCGCGAUUAUGAGCUUUUCCGCAUUCGACGCAGAUGUUGAAGCAAAGGACAACGUUUUCACCUAUCAGUUGGCUGAAGAAAAUGAUUAUUUCUAUGUUUCGACGGACAAGGAUUCAACGCAAUCUUCAGUCGGAGUUUUGAGAGUCAAACAGCCGCUCGACUUUGAAGACGACGCCCAGCGAUUAGGUUUCGAUCUGCGCAUUCGCGUCAACGACGGACGCCACAAUGCAGAAACGUCGGCACAUGUCAGCGUGCUCGACCGCAACGACCAUGCUCCCGUCAUCCAUGGAGCCGGUGAGCACACGCUACGAGAGGACGCCGCGCCGGGAACCGUCCUCGGAGUCUAUACGACGACGGACCGCGACGCAAACGAUUCGGCCAGCCCAACGCUAGCCUAUAACGAUCUGUCGCUGCCAUUUGGGCUCGAUCAGUCGAUUCAAAAAUCGCGAUUCGCGACAUUAGCUGGAGUUCGAGCUCGUGAUAUUCAUGUGUUCGUUAUGAAGAAUAUCAGCGAAGACACACCAGUUGGAACUGUGCUUGAGACAUUCAAAGCGCACGAUCCAUCCAAUCCGAUGUACAACUUCUCGUUCCGCAUCAAUCGGCAAUCGGAUCCGAAACGACAGUUCACCAUAGAUCAAGAUGGAACGCUUCGAGUUGCACACAAGCUCGACCGAGAAGAUAUUGCUGUGUACAACCUGAUCAUCGAAGCUUAUGAUAAUUCAAAUAAUAUUGGUCGUCAAAUGGUCGCUGUUUAUUUGCAAGAUGUGAAUGAUAAUGGUCCCGAGCCUUACACGGUUCCACGUCCAUGCAUUUUCCGCGAAAACACGCCUGUCAACCAGCUGGGCACCUGCGAGAUUCGAGCCACCGAUAGGGAUACUGCAGAGUAUGGACCACCUUUCACAAUGGAAUUGGCGCCCAAUUUCAAAUUCGGACAGUAUUUGAAUGUGGUUUUCAAUCCGAAUGGCGACGGUGGAAAUGGUUCAAUGACGAUCACGCCGCUUCAAGAAUUCGACCGUGAAGCGCCGGUACCCGGAAAAAUCCUCGAAAUCCCAUUGAAGUUGACGGAUCGCGCCGGCAAGACGAACCUCGCUUCGGUUCACGUGAUCAUCGGCGAUGUGAACGACAACCCGAUGCAUGACGGAAAGAUGACGAUUCAUGUGAACUCGUACCUUGGACGACUUAAGCAGACCGUCAUCGGGCGAGUUUUCGUUGACGAUGCCGAUGAUUGGGAUUUGCCUGACAAGACAUUCAGCUGGAAAGAGAGCCGCUCUGGAUUCGAGCUCUCGCCCAAGGGUGACAUCACCAUGGAAGCGAAUAUGCCGCCUGGAACCUACACAAUGUCGGCAAAUUGUCAUGAUAACGCGAGAGAUGAAGAUGCUGUUGGAUACAUCACGGUUAUCGUUAACGCGAUUCCACAAAUUGCCUUUGACAAUCAAGGAGCUGUUCAAUUGUUGAUUGCUGAGGACACUCCUCUUCAACUUCCAGAUGAUUUCAUUCGUGCUGACUCAAAUGGACAAUCAAUGAUGGAUCUGUUCAAACAGGAAAUGACGGCGUACAUGGGUGGAGAUGUUAGCAUUGAUGUGUUCUCAGUUCAGGUGGGAAUCGCGACGCUUCAGACAAAGGAUGUGCCGGUGUUGAAUGUGCGAUUCAACGCACGCGGAACAACCUAUCGCGAUGCAGCACAGCUUAAUGGACUUGUCUCGGCGCACCGUGAAGACCUCAAGCAACGUCUCGGAGUUGACAUCGUCGGUGUUGGGAUUGAUAUGUGCAAGUUCACCACUUGCGAUGCUGGUUGCCAAACACUCCAUUCUGCCGAUUACGAUGGAAUCGUCGUCUCGGCUAACAGCACUGUCGUUGUUGGUGUCAAUGCAACAUCUCGCGAUGACUGCACUUGUCCAAUUUGGAGAGCUCCGCCAGCUUGUCAGCAUUCGGUCUGCCAUAACGACGGAGUUUGUCAUAACACCAACCCAGGAUUCUUCUGUGAAUGCCGCAAUGACGGAUUGAAGGGAUCCAGAUGCCAAGGUACUACUAGAUCUUUCGGAGGAAAUGGAUUCGCGUGGUACAAGCCGAUGCCAGCGUGCACCAGUUUGAACAUCUCAUUCAGCUUUAUGACGACUCAAUCUGAUGCACUUUUGUAUUAUAACGGACCAAUGGAAACCGAUAGCACGGGAACCCAAAUCGAAUACUCGGAUUAUAUCUUCAUUCAUCUUCGUGGUGGAAGAGUGUCUUUGGAAGUUUCGAUGAAUGGUCAGAGCCGCAGCACCUUAGAAGUUGCGUCAUCAGCGUUGAACGAUGGAACGUGGCACGAAAUCGCGGUCAUGCAAGAAGGAAAACGCGUUGAGCUUGUCGUUGACUCGUGCAGAUACCUCGGAAUGGGUGCUGAUGAAUCAUCGUGUCGCUCUGAACUCUACACCCCGGAUGAUGACGAACGGUUGAAUAUCGUGACACCGCUUCAGAUCGGAGGUCUUGCUCCACUCAGUGGACAGGAUUAUCCGCCAAGUGUGCCGCGAGCAGGACUCAACGGUUGCAUUCGCAACUUAUACGUGAAUGGCGAUCAAUAUGAUCUAGCGACACCGGCAUUCGAAGCCAACAGCGAACGGGGGUGCCGAUUGUGGGGAACCACAUGCGACAGCAACUCUGUCGAUUCGUUGAAUCAUUGUGUCCAUGGAGAUUGCUACGCUGAUGUUCAAGGAAGCGCUGCGAUGGUUGCGAAAUGCGUUUGUGAUCCGGGAUGGGGUGGAUCUCGCUGUGAGCGUAAGAUUGAAUGGAUGCAAUUCUCAUCCGGUGGAUUCAUCGACUAUUCUCCAAGAAUCGCAUUCCCCGAACAAGUCAGCGAUAUUGAGUUGCUCUUCAUCGCCGGAAAAGUCAGUGGAGCCGCCGAACUCUCAUACGGAACGGAUUCUCAACAGAGCUAUGUUUCCACAAACCUCGAGACAACAAAUAAUGGAAUCACCGCUUCUGCGAAAUUCGAUAUCGCCGCUGGUGGCCAACGAUCGCAGCACGAGCUUCGUGUCAACGAGGUGUUGCUUAAGGAAAAUGCGAGCUAUUGGCUUCAAUUCACCCGAAAUCCAACCCGCGCUAGUUUAACCAUCGAUGGCGCUUAUUCGGUUGCCCAACAAUUGCCGAGAGGACAACCAUUCUCGUUGCAAGUCAAUCAGAUCAUGUUAGGAUCGCAAGGACAAGGAAAGGGCUUCCAGGGAUGCAUCGGAACUUAUCGCUGGUCGAAGCAGAAUCUGCCAUUGAAGAAAGGAGGUGCGAUGGAUGAGAACGAGGAAUCGAUUGUCUCCAUCCAAAACACUGGCGGAGUUCAGGAAGGAUGUGAUCUUCGUAUUACAUGUGCCGACCUACCUGUCGGAUACUGUGGAGGAUCGUUCUCCUGCAUUGACUUUUGGAAGGGACCAUUCUGCACCUGUCCAGAUGGAGCGAAUGCUAUUCUCGGAGAAGACGGACAAGUCGUCGGAUGUGGGGCAACUCUAGCCGUGUCGAAACUCGGCAUCAGCUCACCAGCUAUAAUCCUGAUAUUGGUUUCACUUUGUCUAUUGAUUCUGCUAGUGUUGCUUAUGGUCGUGUACACACGACGAACACCGAUUCCAUUCGAAAGCGUCAGACCGGAAGAGAUGAAUCGCGAUAAUUUGAGACCGUACGCUGUCGAAGGUGGCGGCGAGGCGGACAAUGAUCAGUAUUCGAUCGCGGGACUCCGGAAACCAGUGAUGCCAUUGGAGACAGGCCUUGGCGGCGCACCUCCGCCGCUGUAUCCACCACGCGCUCCCAAACGCGACGACGUUCUGAAUUCGCAAAUCAAGGAUCUUGAAUCGGAUCAGAACGCGGCGCCGUAUGACGAGUUGCGAAUAUACGACGACGAAAGAGACAACAUCUCAGUCGUCACAUUAGAAAGCAUUGAAAGUGCCCAAUAA